UUAAUAAGGUGGGGGAGACAGUUAAGGAGUUCAGGGCGGUGGUCUGAAAGGCAACGCUGCAAGGAAUCAGAUUUCAGAGUUGCAGCACUGAUUGCAAUGAGUCACUAAAGAGCCGGAGACCCUGAGAGCUGCCUUUGUUUCAUUCUCCUCCCGAUGCAGACCGAGAGACAGCGGAUUUCAACUUGUUGCGACUUUUUUCCUCUCUCCCUUCCCUAAGUGCAAGCUCAUGCAACCAGAGUUUGUUCACUUGGGCUCCUUCAGCAAACUUUUCAAAAAUGCUAGCAAGGCAGAACUGGGGGUCCUGGGGUUUGUCUGUCCUGCUCUGGCAAGCACUGAUUUCUGCUGGCAUCCUCACUCAGAAGACGGAAGAACAAAGAUCUAAGGGCCACCUUGAUCUCACAGAGUUAAUUGGAGUCCCACUGCCCUCGUCUGUCUCCUUCAUCACUGGAUAUGGGGGAUUCCCAGCUUACAGUUUUGCACCGGGUGCUAACAUUGGCCGACCUACAAGAACUUUAAUUCCUGAGACAUUCUACAGUGAUUUUGCCAUCAGUGUUACUGUAAAACCUGAUAGUAACCAUGGAGGUGUAUUAUUUGCAAUAACAGAUGCAUUUCAGAAAAUUAUUUACCUGGGAUUAAGGAUCUCACAAGUUCAAGAUGGCACCCAGAGGAUAAUACUGUAUUAUACUGAGCCUGGCUCCCACGUUUCCCAAGAGGCUGCCUCAUUUAAAGUUCCAGUAAUGACUAAUAAAUGGAACCGGUUUACAGUUAUCAUUGAAGGAGGUGAUGUAAUUCUCCUUAUAGACUGUGAGGAACAUAACCGAGUUCAGUUUCUGAGGUCAUCCCAAGCCUUGAGAUUUGAGUCCAGUUCAGGCAUAUUUGUUGGAAGUGCAGGAGCCACAGGGCUGGAAAGAUUCACUGGUUCAAUACAACAAUUAACCAUUCAGCCAGAUCCUCACCCUUCCAAGGACCAAUGUGAAGAUGAUGACCCAUAUGCAUCUGGAGAGACCAGUGGUCUUCAGGAAGCAGAAGAUGUUGCUGAAAUACAAGAGGCCAUCACAUACACUCAACCCCCUCCUGAAGAAAUAAAGUCAGAGCCAGUAGAAGCACCUCCAACAAUACCAUCUGAGUCUAAGGAAAUGGAGCUCUCAGGUGAUGCUGAGACUGAGGAUGGUCCUGAGGCUGAGGAUGGCCCUAAGGCUGAGGAUAGCCAUGAGAUCACCAACACCAGUCACACAGACCACAGCAGCUCAGAACAAGGAACUGGUGACUCCAUUCAUGACACACAAGAAAAGGACAAUGUUACUGAGAGUGACCAAAAAGAAGAGAUUGGUUCAGGAGAUGAAGAGCUCCUUGAAAUAAGUGGAGAAAAGGAUACAACAGAUGAAGAAGGUUUGACAGGAACACAAGCACCUACCAGAUCUCCUGUAAAAGAAGAAAACAACCUUCCAACGUAUGGUCCAAGUCAACCUGUACCAACAGUACAGCCUGAAAAAGGUGACAACUUGGGUGAAAGAGAGCUCCCAGGACCUAAAGGACAGGCUGGCGCUAAAGGGGAAAAGGGUGAUCCUGGUGAAGGACAACCAGGUCUUCCUGGGUUUCCAGGUUCCCCUGGACCAUCUGGGCCUCCUGGAACAUUGGGUAUAAUGGAGAUUGAUGGUUCUGGCUUUGGCUCUGGUUCUGGCUCUGGUUCUGGCUCCGGUUCUGGUUCUGACUCCACCUCUGUUCACUUUGAAGGCAGUGGAGAGUUGCUAAGAGUAACAACAUUUGGAAAUAUUGAAAGUAUGAUGCAAAAUGCUCAUUUGGUGAUAGAAGGCACGCUAAUCUAUUUAAGUGAAAGUACAGAAUUUUUUAUACGUGUAAGAAAUGGAUGGAAAAAAUUACAGCUUGGAGAGCUUAUUCCUAUUCCUGCUGAUAGCCCACCGCCUCCUGCAUUUUCCAGCAAUGCUCACCACCCUCUACCUCCACCAAUCCCUGCUUCAAAUACCAAUUAUGAGAAACCAGCACUCCGCCUAGUUGCUUUGAAUAUGCCAUUUUCUGGGGACAUUAGAGCCGAUUUCCAGUGCUUUCAGCAGGCGCAGGCUGCUGGUUUAUUGUCCACUUACAGAGCUUUCUUAUCAUUCCAUUUACAAGAUCUGUCCACAAUUGUGAGAAAAGCAGACAGCUACAGCCUGCCAAUAGUUAACCUUAAGGGAGAAAUACUUUUCAAUAAUUGGGAGUCCAUUUUUUCUGGCCAUGGAGGUCAAUUCAAUAACCACGUUCCAAUAUAUUCCUUUGAUGGCCGGAAUGUUAUGACAGACCCAUCAUGGCCUCAGAAGGUAAUAUGGCAUGGCUCCAACACAAAUGGAAUUCGACUGGUAAGCAACUACUGUGAAGCAUGGAGAACAGCAGAUAUAGCUGUAACAGGAAACGCAUCACCACUGAGCACAGGAAAAAUCUUGGAUCAAAAAACCUAUAGUUGUGCUAAUAAGCUAAUUGUUUUAUGUAUUGAAAACAGCUUUAUGACUGAUGUAAGAAAAUGAUGACCAUCUACCCUACUGAAGAAAUCUACAAUUUUAUUACCUAAAAAGUGGACACUGAAAUUUGAUUUUUAAUGAUGUAUAUAUUGUGUUUUAAUUGCACAUUUAUUACUAAAGUAACCAAAGAAAACAUACCUCAGUACACUCAGUACUAAAAACAUAGAAAGAACUCAGAUAAAAGACAAAAUCUGAUUUAUACUUUGGUGCUAGGAUCUGCAAGGAUUCCCCAAGUGGUGUGACAAGAAAACAUCCUUGCACAUAUCAAUAAUAAGUGUGCAAAUCAAUGUAGGCCCAGAAAUGUGCCCAUGCAAUAACACAGCUGCUUUCAUGCCACUGUCUCCUCAAGAAAGUUGUUUUCACAUUGUAACUGUCUCUGCUGAGUGUCAGAUGCUCUUCAUGUUUUCUUAACAAAAUUUUAGCAACAUUAUCCCAUUUUAAGUUAUAUAUGAACCAAAUGUUUCAUUCCUUAUCAUGCAUCCAUCAUUUAUAAUUGCUAUUGUUCACAAAGAGGGGGAAAACCCCUAAAAAUUAACUAAGUUUUAUUCUUAAAUGCUAUCAGUAAGUGUUCAUUUUCUUCAACAGAAUUACCGAUUUGCCAUCAUAUUUUAGCAGGCUUACUUUUCAAAAUAAUCGUAGCUUAGUGUGGCAUUUGUUCAUGUACCAUAACCGAACUGACUUGCUGGAAAAGUUGAAAUUCCAAAGCAUCUUGAAUGAGAAAUGUGACUAUAAAUAGAUGUUGCCUGCCUCCUUUUAAAAAUGAUUUUGUGACUUGUAUUUGACAACUCUUGAAUUGUAAUCCUUUUAGCGAAAUGAGAAUUUCCAUGCAAAUUACUUUGCUGGUAAACAUACAUACACAUAUAGAUAUAUAAAAUAUUAUUUU